CUCUUCUUGGUACUUCUGGCAAUGACGGACCUUCAGGACAGAUUUAUCUGCUAAAUGCUCUUGGGCAGGAGAUACAGGGAAACUUCUGGAAGCAGUGCCAGCAGAGCAGAGCCCAGAGCGCGCCCAGGGUGCUCACUGGCCGGGCUGCCCCGCCUGGCCUGAAGACUGAGCCCGCCCCGUCCGCUUGCAGCUUGUCUGCAGGGAGGCCCUCGGGGCCCCCUUCUGCUCUCAUCCUCUGCCCAGUCUCCGUUCCGGCCGUCGAGGGAUGCGAACUUGGGAAUGGAGUUGGCCCUCCCCAGGCCGGUGCUGACGGAGAGGACCAUCUGAGGCCAGCUUUGUUCACGGGGAGGAGGGCGCUGGCCUGGCCUGCAUCCCCCACCAUGUUCCUGCUGCUGCCUUUCGACAACCUGAUUGUCAGCCUCCUGGGCAUCUCCCUGACUGUCCUCUUCACCCUCCUCCUGGUUUUCAUCAUCGUCCCCGCCGUUUUCGGAGUCUCCUUUGGUAUCCGAAAGCUCUACAUGAAAACUCUGUUAAAGAUCUUUGCGUGGGCUACCUUGAGGAUGGAGAGAGGAGCCAAGGAGAACCACCACCAGCUUUACAAGCCCUACACCAAUGGAAUCAUUGCAAAAGACCCCACGUCACUAGAGGAAGAGAUCAAAGAAAUCCGCCGGAGCGGGAGCAGUAAGGCGCUGGACAACACUCCUGAGUUUGAGCUCUCGGACAUUUUCUACUUCUGCCGGAAAGGAAUGGAGACCAUCAUGGACGACGAGGUGACCAAGAGGUUCUCGGCAGAGGAGCUGGAGUCCUGGAACCUGCUGAGCAGGACCAAUUACAACUUCCAUUACAUCAGCCUGCGGCUCACCGUGCUGUGGGGCUUGGGCGUGCUCAUCCGCUACUGCUUCCUGCUGCCGCUCAGGAUAGCUCUUGCUUUCACGGGGAUCAGCCUCCUGGUGGUGGGCACAACGAUGGUGGGGUACCUGCCAAACGGGAGGUUCAAGGAGUUCCUGAGCAAGCACGUGCACCUCAUGUGCUACCGGAUCUGUGUGCGCGCCCUGACAGCCAUCAUCACCUACCACGACAGGAAGAACCGGCCUAGAGAUGGCGGCAUCUGCGUGGCCAACCACACGUCUCCCAUUGACGUUAUCAUUCUGGCCAGUGAUGGCUACUACGCCAUGGUGGGGCAGGUGCACGGCGGCCUCAUGGGAGUCAUCCAGAGAGCCAUGGUCAAGGCCUGCCCCCACGUCUGGUUCGAGCGCUCCGAAGUGAAGGAUCGCCACCUGGUGGCCAGAAGGCUGACCGAGCACGUGCAGGAUAAAAGCAAGUUGCCCAUCCUCAUCUUUCCGGAGGGAACCUGCAUCAAUAAUACAUCGGUGAUGAUGUUCAAAAAGGGAAGUUUUGAAAUUGGAGCCACAGUUUACCCUGUUGCUAUCAAGUAUGACCCGCAGUUCGGGGACGCCUUCUAUAACAGCAGCAAGUACGGGAUGAUGACCUACCUACUCAGGAUGAUGACCAGCUGGGCCAUCGUCUGCAGCGUGUGGUACCUGCCCCCGAUGACCAGACAGGCGGAGGAGGACGCGGUCCAGUUUGCCAACAGGGUGAAGUCCGCCAUCGCCAGGCAGGGUGGCCUGGUGGACCUGCUGUGGGACGGUGGCCUGAAGCGGGAGAAGGUGAAGGACACAUUCAAGGAGGAGCAGCAGAAGCUGUACAGCAAGAUGAUCGUCGGCAACCACGAGGACCGGAGCCGGUCCUGAGCCCCGCCGCCGCCUGGACCGGCUCCACGCAAGGACUCCAGCGUCCGAGCCGCCCAGCCGCCCUGGGACAAACUGCCUUGUGUCCCUUUCCGCCAAGUCCAUUGGAGGAAUGCCAUUAAAAGUCCCUCCCCACCGAGCCUGAGCGGCCUGAGUGCUGGGCGGGAGCCCGCGUCCCUGCAGGGGCCUGGGGCACCGUCUGUCUGAGGCCCGUGUGUGCGGGGGACCUCUCCGGGCAGCGCUGCCCCAGGAGCGCCCGGCCUCAGGGCCAGACUCAUGGGAGAGGCUGUGUCUGCAGGGCCGGGGGAGUGCUGUUCUCCCCCCGAGGGGCCGGCGCGGCAGAGGCUGGUCCCCCCGCUCGGCAGCUGCCACACUCGUCUGCCCCCAGACCGGGGGGUGGGGACACCUGCCUCCCUGGGUUGUUGUGAGGGAAGGGCGGCCAGCCCAGUGUGGUGGUCCAGGGCUGGGAGGGGGGUGGGCGAGGGAGAGCCAGAGCCGUGCAGGGUUUGGGGUUCGUUCCUGUGAGUCAAUAAAGCUGUCUUUGAUGGUGACUGAA